GCUGCCUCUGAGGCUGCUCACUCAUACCAAAGAGACCAGAAACAUCCUGUGUAUCGGUGACUCUACGAAGUUGGUGUUCAGGUAGAGCAAGAGAGCCAGCUCUCUCCUACAGCCAUCCUCCUUUGUCUUCAUCAUUCCUACCUUCAACAAGAAACCCUGGGUGAGGGUGGUCUUGCGCGAGAUUGCGUGACUUUACCCUGAUUCCCGUCCUCAUUGUCCUUGAGAAGGCCGCAGUUUGGCUACCAACUUCACAUCUCUUGGGGUUUGUCUCAGAUCGGUCAAAGAUCCUUCACUUCAUUCUGUUCCCGCGGUGACCUCCUUUAUGAGGCGCCAAGGAUCUGUCUGAUACCGUCGCUGAGGCAUCAAUCUUGAUCAACCUCACGCUCUCUCAUCUGACAUCUCGCGACCACAACCCCGAGCCCUCUACCAACAUGGCGCCUAUUCCGACCACGGCCACAACGCCGGCUUUGCGUGCCCGCGACGACCUUGAUACGACGUGGACAUACUUAGAGAAGAACGUUAACAAUGUUAUGACAAAGCUACAAGAGGGCUUGGACAUGAAGACCUACAUGGGUGUCUACACCGCAGUUCACAACUUCUGUACCUCACAGAAGGCAGCCAGUACUCCAGCCUCCUCCAGCGGAAUCAACCUUACUCAUAGCCAUCGCGGUGCACAUCUUCUGGGCGAAGAAUUAUACACCCUUCUUGGUGACUACCUCAAGAAGCACCUUGAGAGUGUCCUUGCCCAGUCCGAAGGCCAUACGGAUGAAGCCCUCCUCGCAUUUUACAUCCGGGAAUGGAAACGCUACACAGAUGCGGCCAAGUACAACAACCACCUUUUUCGAUACCUCAACCGUCAUUGGGUCAAGCGAGAGAUUGACGAGGGAAAAAAGAAUGUCUACGAUGUCUACACCCUGCAUCUGGUCAAAUGGAAGGACGUUUUCUUUCGGGCGGUCGAAUCCAAGAUUAUGGACGCCGUGCUUCGGCUCGUCGAGAAACAACGGAAUGGCGAAACCAUCGAUCAGAUGCAGAUUAAGGCAAUCGUCGACUCAUUCGUGUCGCUCGGCUUGGACGAGCAUGACAGCACCAAGUCCACCCUUGAUGUCUACCGUCUUCACUUUGAGCGCCCGUUCAUCGCUGCGACCAAAGAGUAUUACACCGCCGAAUCCAAGCGCUUUGUUGCCGAGAACAGCGUGGUUGAAUACAUGAAGAAGGCCGAAGCUCGACUGGAGGAGGAAAAGGAACGGGUCGGACUUUAUCUCCAUCCGGAUAUCAUGAAGAAGCUCAUGGACACUUGCAAUGAAGCCCUCAUCACUGAUCAUUCUGCCCUCUUGCGCGACGAGUUCCAGGUUCUUCUCGACAACGAACGCACCGAGGAUCUUGCCCGUAUGUACCGACUCCUUUCCAGAAUCAAAGACGGUCUGGAUCCGCUCCGCAACCGUUUCGAAGUCCACGUGCGCAAAGCCGGUACUGCUGCUGUCGAGAAGGUGGCCUCCAACGGUGACAAUGUGGAACCCAAGGUGUAUGUGGAUGCUUUGCUUGAGAUUCAUGGCAAGUAUCAACAGUUGGUCAAUGUCGCCUUCAAUGGUGAAUCCGAGUUUGUCCGAUCGCUCGACAACGCUUGCCAGGAUUUUGUCAACCACAACAAGGUGUGCAAAUCGAACUCGACUCGGUCACCCGAACUUCUUGCCAAAUACGCCGAUCAGCUUCUCAAGAAGGGAGCCAAGGCUGCCGAUGAGUCCGAACUCGAAGAGCUUCUCGUGCAGAUCAUGGUGGUCUUCAAAUACAUCGAGGACAAGGAUGUGUUCCAGAAGUUCUAUUCUCGCAUGCUGGCCAAGCGACUUGUUCAUUCCAGUUCUGUCUCAGACGACGCAGAGACGAGCAUGAUCAGCAAAUUGAAGGAAGCCUGUGGCUACGAAUACACCAAUAAACUUCAGCGCAUGUUCCAGGAUGUUCAGAUUUCGAAGGAUCUCAACACUGCCUACAAAGAAUGGCAUGAGACGAUUCUUGCAGACAGUGACGAAAAGCGUACCGUCGACUGCACUUUCCAGAUCUUGGGUACUGGCUUCUGGCCGCUGAAUGCUCCGAACACACCUUUUGCACCUCCGGCGGAAAUUGGUCGGGCAGUCGAGUCAUUCACUCGGUUUUAUGAUCAGAAACACAACGGCCGCAAGCUUACUUGGCUAUGGCAGCUAUGCAAGGGUGAAAUCCGUGCCAACUACAUCAAGACUCAGAAAGUCCCGUACACCUUCCAGGUGUCGACGUGGCAGAUGGCUAUUCUAUUGCUUUUCAACGAGUCCGACAAGCUGGAUUAUUCCGAGAUUAAGGAACUGACCAAGCUGACCGACGAGACGCUUGAAGGAGCUCUCGGUAUCUUGGUCAAGGCGCGUGUGUUGUUGCCGACGCCAGAAGACGGAAAGCCAGCACCCGGCACCAGCUACGCACUGAACUACAACUUCAAAAACAAAAAAGUCAAGGUCAAUCUGAACAUCACGGUCAAAUCAGAGCAGAAGGUCGAGUCGGAGGAUACCCACAAGACGAUUGAGGAGGACCGAAAGCUUUUGCUGCAGGCCGUUAUUGUGCGUAUCAUGAAAGGUCGAAAGAAGCUCAAGCAUGUCCAUCUCGUCGAAGAGGUCAUCAACCAAGUCCGCAACCGAUUCCCACCCAAGAUCUCCGAUAUCAAGAAAAACAUCGACGCUCUCAUGGAAAAGGACUACAUUGAGCGUCUUGACAAUGACGAACUGGCAUACAUUGCUUAGACGGUGUUUUUGUCAGUCCGUCGAUAUCAGCUCACGACAGCAUGGUUUCUGCGGCGCAGCCAGUCGUUUUGUUAGCGUAAUUUCGAUGUACGGUACACCUUGCUUUUUCAUCAUCGGCAUAAAUGGGGGUGGGAAUGGAGUUCGUGGAGUCGGUGGAGUUGUGCCGAAGGCUGGCAUUGCUGAUAUUCACACUAUCUUUGAACAGAGGUGUCAAUCGUGGCUGGGAGGCAGCGGUCUUGCAUGUUUCUCCCGCCAGACACCACUGGGGGAGGGUUCGGGUCGCGAAACACGGCAUGCUUGCCAACAGACCGUAUUUCGCUGACGGCCGUGAGUCGUAAGUGAUGCACCAGAAAAGUGGUUGCUAGUGCACAUUAUCAUUAAAGGGCUUGAUACGGUGCAGAGGAACCCGGGUGUAACGGGAGGACGAGAUCCACGAGAGCUGGACAAAUGCUGCACUGAGACAAGCUGGUUUCAAACAGCCACCAAAACGAGAAGCCAGGCCUCUCAAAGGCCAUGAUUCAAAUGUACUGAUUAGAGGGCGAGACAGUCGUAUUACGAAAUGAGAAGUAAAAGCAUUACAAGUGCAUUUCCAUGAAAAGUGCCCUUUCGGGUUGGUGGUGGGGAGAGUUGUACACGGCCACUGGCAUUUCUGGAAGAUAGGCCGGCAGGAAGGCAAGACAAGGGCCUGACACAUGGUGGGCUGCUGUGCCUUCGACGACUUCCUCCUUGUCAAGCGGAGGAAGUGCGGAACGAACAAGCCGUGUACACAAAGCAACAAGUGAGGAUGGAAUUACAAUAAACUUUUACAAUCAUGGAUGUCGUUUCUGCUACUGAUAUUUGGUGGUGUGGAGCGUCCACCUCAUCUUCUCAUUAACUUCCUCAGGGCAUCUUUGUCCAUCUUGAUAUUGACACAGUAGCCGUCAUGAUAUAAUCAGGUCAAUAGAC